AACGGUGACCGAGAGUGCAAAGUCCCUCUUGGUAUGGAAAACGGCAACAUCCAUAACGAUCAAUUAUCAGCCUCAUCGCAAUUUUUUGCUCACGGCGUCACCCGAGGUAGAUUAAAUCUUCUGUCAUCCCCGGGAGCCUGGGUGUGCCGUACGGUCGAUCGUUAUCAGUGGCUCCAAGUGGACCUACGCAGUCAGGACAUAAGCGUGACAGGCCUGGCUACACAAGGAAGGAAUGAUUGGAAUCAGUGGGUGAUUCAGUACAACGUACAGUACAGUUAUGAUGGAGAUGAUUUUAAGUACUACACGGAAAACGGGCAAUCGCCCAAGGAAUUUUCUGGAAAUGUGGACCGUAAUACAGUUGUUUAUCAUGACCUAGUCCCACCAAUUAAAGCGCGGUACAUCCGUUUCCGACCCUCCGUCUGGCGUGGCCGUGUGUCAAUGAGAGUGGAACUUUACACCUGUAUUGAAGAGAAAAAUGAGUGCACCGCACCAGCUGUUGGUAUAGAGACGGGUGAAAUUCUGGAUUCUCAACUGUCUGCCUCAUCUGGAGAUCCGUCAAACGCUCGCUUGAACGGAGCAAAGACCUGGUGCAGAACAUGGCCAGGCAGUGAGAGCGAGAAUGUUUAUGUUCAGAUUGAUUUCGGCCGAUCUUACCGUAUUUGCGCAGUUGCCACUCGAGGAGAUCACCCUGGAAGUCAUAGUUAUUUGGAAGAAUACAAACUGAGAUGGUCUCACGAUGGUGUUAAAUGGGAGGAAUCUCCAGAGGUUUUAGAAGGAAAUAGCAACACGCAUGAAGUGAAAAAGAACAUCAUCCCAGUGAUUCAAGCUCGGUAUGUUCGCCUUAUACCGUUGAAAUGGCAUAACUGGACUUGUGCAAGAAUGGAGUUUUAUGGAGAGCCUUGGCCAGAAGUCUUGGAGGCGUUGUUCAUGCCAAGAUUCGGUCCGGAUAAAGUGCAAGCCGGUCAAGUGAUUACAUCACGAAGUGUCUCUGACGUCAUGCAAUGCAUGAAGUUAUGCUUGGUAACCGAUCAGUGCCAGUCGCUUAAUUUUAGCAGCAGUCUGAAGAAAUGUGAAGUUAGCCGUUCUAAAAGUGAGAUGUCCAGUAUCGAAGAUCGGGAGGGAUUUCACUAUUACGAGAUCGUUGCUGUUGAAGUCAUUUCCAUUUAA